CCUUUUUCUGCCUUUCGGCGUCACCCCCAACGCCAAGAACACAACAGAACAAAAACCCGCUCACACUGGCACAUAUAAAUACCCCUAAACAACAAUCCACCCCAGAUCUCGUCCUUAAUCUUAUCUGAGAGAGAUCUUGGAUUGAACAAUGGAGGAGAGGCUGAUACAGAGAUUGGAAGCGGCGGUGGCGCGGUUGGAGGCGGUUUCAGGCGGAGGGCGCGCGGGAGGAGCGCCGGAGAGCGGCGGCGGCGGUGCGGCGGAUCCUUCGAUUGCUGCUUUUGACGAUCUGAUGGCGCAGUUCGUGGGUAGGGUUUCGGCCGCGGCGGGGAAGAUUGGGGGACAAGUUUUGGUCGUUACGAGGGUUCUCGAGGAGGCGUUUUCUGCUGAGAGGGAGCUUCUCGUCAAGGUCAAGCAGACUCAGAAACCUGACAUGGUGGGAUUGAGUGAAUUUCUCAAUCCAUUGAAUGAAGUGAUUGUGAAAGCGAAUGCAAUGACAGAAGGAAGGCGAUCUGAUUUCUUUAACCACUUGAAGGCUGCCACUGACAGUCUCUCAGCUUUAGCAUGGAUUGCAUAUUCGGGAAAAGAUUGUGGUAUGAGCUUGCCUAUUGCACAUGUGGAAGAAAGUUGGCAAAUGGCAGAAUUCUACAGUAACAAGAUUCUUGUGGAGUACAAAAACAAAGACCCAAAUCAUGUGGAGUGGGCCAAAGCUUUGAAGGAACUAUAUUUUCCAGGUUUAAGGGAUUAUGUUAAGUGUUACUAUCCUCUGGGCCCAGUAUGGAGUUCCACAGGAAAAAUUGUUGCUGCACCAUCAAAAGCUCCUCCAACAGUUUCCCCUGUUGCUCCACCCCCUCCUCCAGCUCCUCUCUUCGGCUCUGAAUCAUCUCAGUCUUCAACAUCACACCCAAAGACAGGGAUGUCAGCUGUUUUUCAAGAAAUUAGUGCGGGAAAGUCUGUGACUUCUGGUUUGAGAAAAGUCACAGCAGAUAUGAAGACAAAGAACCGUGCAGAUAGAAGUGGCGUUGUAGCCGCUGGUGAAAAGGAAGGCCGUACCAAUUCACCUUCUUUUUCUAAAACUGGACCUCCAAAGUUAGAGCUUCAAAUGGGUCGUAAGUGGGUGGUUGAGAAUCAAAUUGGGAGAAAGAAUCUUGUCAUUGAUGACUGUGAUGCAAAACAGUCUGUAUAUAUCUUUGGAUGCAAAGAUUCUGUUUUGCAAAUCCAGGGAAAAGUUAACAAUAUAACAGUUGACAAAUGCACCAAGAUGGGAAUUGUUUUCAAGGAUGUUGUGGCUGCUUGUGAGGUUGUUAACUGCAAUGGUGUUGAGGUGCAAUGCCAGGGUUCAGCUCCAACUAUUUCAGUUGACAACACAUCAGGCUGCCAAUUGUAUUUGAGCAAAGAUUCUUUGGAAACCUCUAUAACAACAGCUAAAUCAAGCGAGAUCAAUGUCUUGGUACCUGGUGCUGACCCUAAUGGUGAUUGGGGGGAGCAUGCUUUGCCCCAGCAGUUUGUUCAUGUCUUCAAGAAUGGGCAGUUCGUAACAACUCCGGUGUCCCAUUCUGGAGGGUAAUUGCGAUAGCUUUUUGUUGAACGCAAGCAUUUGGCUGCUUGUUUCUUCGUUUUUCAUAUACAUCAUCGGAAGACUGCAGAAUGGCGCUUUUUUUUUUUUUUUCUCUCGGCCCGAUUCAGUUACAGUUGGUAUUUGAGUAUGCUUAUACAUUUGCAUUCUGUUGGGUUUGCUCUUACACUGCUGUUUUUUGGUUGAUCAAACUGUUGUAAUUUUCUGCCUGUUUUAGGCUGAGUUUGUUUCCAUAUGAAUGGCCUGUUGUGAGCCUUUCUUUUUUUUGUUUUUUUCGGUCUGGUAUUUGUGUUAUAUGUAAUGUUUUGCUUUUCCAACUGUCUGAUUUAUUUAUUAAUUUAUUUAUUCGUAUACUUUUCAGUUUCCA